AGAUUGUUUUGACCCCCAAAAAAACUUCCUAGGUCUUUCAAUCAGCGAGAGCAAGCUCCGGUUGUACUGUAGUAAGCGACCGAGGUUCUCUUCGAUGGCCGUCGAUGGAAGCGAAGUGGAAGGUGAAUUAGAUAAUCGGAAUGAGGAAUUGCAGAAGCAAUGGGGUCUUUAUAGGGAGUACCGCAAUGGUUAAAACCCCGAUUUUGGUGGAUAAAAGAGGAUGAAUUUUGUACUGCGGAGGCUUUAUCGCUUCUGGGAAACAUUCAACUAAGCAGUCCUGGGGAAGCUCAAAGGGCUGUUUACAGUUUUUUAGGGAAUCUAGGUUUUGAUGUUGGGACCAUUGUCUCCACGAGAUGUCAGAAGUGAGACCUUUGAAAACUGGAACCUUCAGGGUUCAUUAUAUAUAAGGGCAUCAUAGCCAGAACUUUAUUCAUCCUGCAUUCCUUGAAUUGAAUUGCCAGGAAUUCUCAAAAUGUCUAGCGAUUCAAAUACACCAAAGAUCCCUGUUAAACUUCUUGUCGACAGACAGAAAAACAAAGUUGUGUUGGCAGAGGCUGGUAAAGAUUUUGUGGAUAUACUCUUUAGUUUUCUGACUCUCCCACUUGGGACCAUUGUCAGACAACUGGAGGAUCAUCAUGGAAAGCCUCAGCCAACCAUCAUCGGUUGUCUCGCCAACCUUUACGGAAGUGUUGUGGAUAUGGGCAUUGAUAAUUUUUCGACUGAGGUCUGUAAGGAAAUGCUACUGCGCCCAAGGAGUGUGAACGAGGACAGGUUCAGAAGGGUUAAGGUGAACCUACACGGUGACGCUACGAGGUACUUUAUGUGCCCAAUGUUUGAUGAUAAGAGCUCAUGCAGCAAAUGGUACAGCAAUUAUAGUACCUCGAGAUGCAGCUGUGGAAAGUUGAUGGAUGUGGAGAUCGGGUUACUGGAAGAUGACAAAGUUACUGAUCUCGUGGGAGAUGGUGGAGUAUUUGUCAGCGGCCAAACUGGAUUCAUCAUCACGGACUGCUUGAAUGUGCAUCUCAACUCUGUUGGUCUUGUCUUGAGCACACUGAAAGGUUUAGGGUAUGCAGAUCUUAGUGAGUUGGGGACAUUGGUCAUCGAUGUUGGUUUCAAAGAGGUUAUGACUUUACUUGGGUGUUUAUUCACUUCGGAUAGUACUUUGACGGAUGUUUUUCUGAGGAAGCAGAGUUUAUAUCGUGUGCCUAGGAUGAAUGCGGCGGCAUAUCGACUUGGGCAGGGAUGUGGAAACAAAAUAUCUGGUGAAGUAAUAGCUUUGACUGUUUUUGUUAAGAAACAGGACAGAAAGAUCCUAUGUUUUGAAUGUGGGGAGGACUUCAUUGAUCUUCUUUUCACUUUUCUUGCUGUCCCUUUGGAUUAUGCAUGCCAAAUCUGCUGUUUCAACUUAGGAAACGUUGACCCCUUAUGGAGAAGCUUUGAUUACUUGUGCUGUAACAAAGGGAGAGAAAAAUCGACGUUGAAGUGCAUGCUUCCUUGGUAUUACAGAUGCCAGAAUGAGCUUCUGUAUGUUGCAUAUCAGCAGGCACCUAUUUAUUACCGUUGCAUUUCUUACACUUCUGGGAAGUUCACACGGUAUAGCUUGACUAGUGACAUCAACAAGCCUCUUGUUUAUGGUUGGGACAAGCUUGUGCCUAUGAUCUCUGUUGAUCCAAGGUUGAAGAAUAGCUCAGAGUCAAUGGCUGCCAGUAGUGGGUUUGUGAAAAGAAAUGGAAGGUUCAUGGUGUCAGAUGAUUUAACUGUAACGCCUCUCAACUCUUCCUCGACCACUUUCUUGCUGAAGAAAUUGCAGGUUCACUUGGACGAUUUCGAGGAGCAAGCUAUUAGCAUUGGGAAGAAUGAGGCUGCUACCUUGUUCCGAGCUUCAUUUUUGACAUCCUCUGCCUUAACCACUGCUUUCCGGAGCUUACUCGCCAAGAACCCGAAGCAGAAUCGUCGUGUUUGAAGGAUCCCCAGUGUCCAACGUUUCUGCCAGUCUUUCGGACUUUGCAAUAUCCUCUCCUUCUGUUCUUUUUUUUUUCCUACUAAAUGCUAUAUUGCUUUAACGUCUCUCUUUUUUGGUUCCUCGACAUUGUGUAUUACUGAUGCAAGUUUAUGAAAUUGAACUGAUGAUUAUUAGUGUCUCUAAUUCAUAGAUGAUGA